AUGUCUCCUGGGGCAAAUGCCGGAAACAUAGACUUGGUAGUGACUAUCAUCACCGGGUACGGUGUACCUGCCCAAAGUGAAAGGGCCUUCCAAGUCAUGAAACAGGUGCCAAUAACCUGCGAUACGGCGAGUAUAUCAUUCAAGGCGGAUCGCAUGACUGUGUGUGCGCUCUUCGGAACUGCCCGAAAUUUGACCUCCUAUACUCCGGAGGAUGAAUCCGCUGGAAUCAUUUGGACCUUUGGGAGUUAG